AUGAACCAAUGUGUGAUCAACACCCUACAAGGAAUCCUUACCUACCAUGUAAACUCCCAAAGGCGAUAUGACUAUGGCAUUCCUACUCACUACAAGGAUGCUCGCAAAAACCAAUUGAGGUAUGUGGCCAUUGCAAAACGAGUUCAAUUCAAAGAUGAUGAUGGUCCACCAGAGACCGAAGAGGUGUUGCUUGUGGAGGAACCGGAACAGGCCUCCUCCUCUCGUUCUGAAAAGCCUGUGCCAAUUCAUGCUUCAUCUUCUAGCAAGACUCCAAGCAAGCAACGAAUGUCGACUCGGGCAAAGAACCCAAAGGCAGCAUUGUUCCACGACCUUUGGAGAGGAGCCAACGAUGAUUUUAAGGACUUCAAUGUGCAACCAGCACGCCAUACGACCAUUACUAUCGAGCCUAUCUUGCAGCACUUUCAUACCUUGGGCAACAACUCCAACAUGAGCGUUGCGGAUCGCACUACCAAACUCUGUUGGCUUUUGGGCAUUUGUGAUUUCAUGCGUCCUGCCGACAUUGAACAUGUUGACCUGGAUCAAUUUACCUUUCAUGAUCCCACCAAGAAUGCCACCUUGCAAGUUUAUGGACCCAAAGAACGACGCCAUGGACAUCGAAUUACACGUACCGUUGUUCUCAAUCCACAUCCUGUGCACAAUGUUUGGAAACUUCUAGAGGGGCUGUUUGGAACGACUAUGAACAAGGCAAGCAGUGAGAUCCACAAGUUGCAUUGA